AGUGUCACUGGCAGAGUUGUGCAGGUACAGUUUUAUGGAACACAGUGGUAAAGAAACAUGAUCUACCCCUCAUUCUAUGCCCCCCUGCCCAUUUCUACUCUAUCCAUUCUUGAAAAAGUAUGUCUCCUUUUGAAGACGCGGCUUCUAGGAAAAAUUGGCGGGUGGCCUAAUGGCGGGAAUAAACAAGAGGAGCCUUUACCAACCCGCGGCGACUGGCAGAACGAAAGAACCUCGACGGAAAGCACUUGCCCAAGGCAUUCUGGGUGAUAGUGGUACAUAUUGCAAUGAUGAGAGUGACAGAUCAUCUUCAGAAGUGCACAGUCAAAUAGGACAAGAACAAAAGAAGAAAAUUGCUUCUACUCUCCAACUUCAACACUCUGAUAUAAAAACACCUGAAAGGUCUCAGAAAAAACCAAAAGAUGCUGAUAUUCUAGAACAUUUUCAAACACCUGAAAAGGGAAUUGGAGUUUCUGGUUACAGAAAUGAAGUUUUGGUUGUUGAUGCAUCUGGUCCUGUGUAUGGAAAUGAUUCAACUGAAAUUUCAACCACAACCCACAAGGUGUUCUCACCUGCCAAAGUAAUUUGCCAUUCUCCAUCACCUGAGAGGGAAGCACGCAGAUCUCAAUCAAAUGAUACUGGAGACAAUUAUACCAUGAAAGUUGAUUCACCACCAAAAAUUAUAUUUGAAGACAAGGAUACUUUAGCAAAUGAGACAAACAAUGAUACAGAGCAAGAUUCUACUGGCAAAUUGUCAAAACACGGUUCAAAGUUACAAGGAAAGCCAACAAAGAAAAAGAAUAAAGCACCACGAAUAAUACAGUCAAGAUACAAGAACCCAAAGGAAUCAAAACCUCCAAAGGUAGCAAAAGACAAUUCAACAAUAGGGAGAGCUGGAGAUCCAAGUUUUAUAAACGACAUCAGUGCAAUUGCCUCUCAUUCAAUGGUUGAGGGACCCUUGAAAGGUCAAGAUGCCAAGAAGAAGAAGGCAAAGGUCACUUCAACGCCAUUUGACCCUUCUGCUUGGAGUGAAAGGACAAGGGUGGUAGCUGACGGCAGUUAUCUUGAUUUGUCACGGCACAUGGGAAAUGUAGAUGUGCGAACCCACAUGACAACAAAGGAUGAAAAGAAGAAACCAGGGCAUUCUACACACGGUGGAAAAUCAACCAAUGCUGAUUCUGGGAUAGCAUUGGGCAACCAGGAACAGCAAGAGUCAGUGACAUCAACACAGCUGGAUCAUGAAUACUGCAGGAUGCUGCAGGCGAUGUAUUUGCAUGCUAAGGCAAAGGAAUCAUUCACAAAGCAGGAAAAGGAAGCAAAGGACCAAAUAUACAAUAUAUGGCAAGAAAACCAGAAGUUGAAAUCGGAAAUUCGACAGCUUGAGCAAACAGUGCAUGCAAAGAAGCAGACAAUGGCAUUAGAUCAGCUGCUAAAGAUACAAGAUGCAGGAUUGAGACCACUAGACGAAUCUUUGGACCGACUUCGUAACAAUUAUUCAACAAUGGGGGAAGCUCUCGAUAACACAAGGCACUAUAUUCAAGUGGAGGAUGUUGUAGUAACAGACCAAGAAAAGCUCAUUGCUGCUCUGAAAGAAAGUCAAAUGCUGCUGGCAGAAAUCUCAUCUUAUACUGGCACAAAACAGCUCAAUGUUGAGAAGAUGGCCACAAAUUUAAGUCAGAUGGUUGAAAAAUUGGCGGCAGAAGUAUCAAACCUCGACAAGUGCCAAGACCUGUUGGUUGCUGCAAAUACACUUACAACGUACGAGAGAUCGAUGCAGUCACAAAUCUUAGAAGCAGAUGGUAAAUAAUUUCGAGGCUCGAUAACAUACAUUUUCUCUGUUGGGUUGACAAGCAAAAGGCACGACACAAAGAAAAGGAUCGGUUUCUGCUUUACUCCUUUUUGUUUGUACCAUGUGUUUGUGGCACCAGAUCUAGUUUUUCACCGUUUUGUGUGACUUUGAGAACAGAUGAAGUGAAACCAUUCAUACAGUAAAUUCCAAGAACGAAGAAUUUUAUUUUCAUGAGUCGGACUAGUCUUAGUUUUGUUGAAAUGUAUAUUUAAAGAUCAUUUACGGCUCUUUUUCAAAGCGGUAUAUUCCUUGCAUUUGGAGAAGGAAAGCUGAAAUGCUUCAAUUCAAUAUUUUCUCGAAGAAAAAAUUGUUUGAAAUAAAAAGUAGUGAGUUAUGGAUGGUUUGUAGCUUUAAAUCGCCAACACCCAGAUUGCAGCUCCAAAUGAUCCUCGAACAACAUUCAAAUCUAAAAACAUUCUUAAAUAAAAGGUCUAAAGUUCAGCCUAUAGGUUCUUGAAUUCUGAGUUUCUUCUUUCCAGGGAUUUAUUGUAAUACUUCAUAUAGAAUGUCACUUAGACACCAGUUUUUGUACUUUUCGUUUAUUUAUGUAAAAAAUCCAAAUUGACACAAUGACAUAACUGAACUCAGCUGAUUUGCAGGCAUGGGUGUAGGGGCGAGUACAGGGUACGGGGAAUCGUGCCUGAUGUAGACAUACCUUUUUUUAAGUUUUUGUGUUCCCCUUUACCCUUUAAUAUUCUCAUAUUGUGUGUUUGUGGAUUUCAACAAUCUAAUUUUUGCUUUCAGAAUCAGAAGCAGAGAUCACACUAUUUUAGAUUCAAACAUAACACAACUCUUUCGCUUUAGAACACACCCCUUUUCAGAUGGUAGUCUUCUGUCUCACUAAGCAACCGUAAUUGUAACGUUCUAUUCUACGUACAAAACUCUAUACGACAACAUCCUGCUAGAUUUUUUUCAAUCUUGGUUGUAUAAAUUAUUGAUAGUGAUCACACAAGACUAUGUUAUGUCAUAGAUUUUCAUUGAUGCUAAUUCUUAAGUUGAUUGAAAAAUUGAACAUUUCUGCUUAGCCUUGACAUCAGGGCAAUUUUCUCAAGAUGAACAAAGUAUGCAUGCUUGGUCGCAGUAUAUAGUAGUAAGCUAUUGACAAUUAAUGCAGAUGUCUUUGAAUCAUCAUGAAAGUUCUGCUUGCCUUAAUCUCUUUGCGAGUAGCAUUUUACUGACUUGGAAAUCGUGUAAAGAAUUCUCGCUUCUUUACUAUUGAUCCACAAACAAGUUGGGGGCAUAAAAAUGUACUUCUGUGAGCCAGAAACUUUACCUCUGUCUACGAAAAGUGGGGCACGUGCCCCUAUCCUCCCUAGUUUCUACGUCUGUCCUCAAAUGAAAGUCCUAUGCCCAUAAUUGUAUUAACAAAUAAAACAAUCUAAAAAAUCCUCUUGAAUGUAUCAUAAGGCAAAACUGUUUGAUUUGUAAAUCUCAAACUCCAUAAAUGAUUGAAUUGCUGUUAUCAAAACUUAUAAUUCACUUGUCGCAAUCCCUUUACGUUCUCGCACUUACCCGCGUGAUAUCCUAGGGUCACGGGUUUGUGCCACAAAAAAGGAAUAUGGGCCGCAAACGCCACCAAUACGAACAACAGUUUAGUUUAGUUAUUUGUUGAUAUUCAUUUUUUUCUUGUUACUUUGGUACAAUUUCUUUUGCUUAUUUAAGAUACAUUCGUGAGAAAAUAUUAUCUCAUGUUGCUGAUAUUUUCAUAUUUCUCUGUUUGUAUAUAGUAGUUAUUUCUAACGGUAUUGAACAAU